UCAAAUUUUACUCAAAAACUUCAAUAAUAUAGUGUCCUAUCCGGUAAAUAUAUGGUGCAAGAAAGUAAUGUUUUUUAAAUAAUUUUUUUUCGACAUUCGUGUCUAUAAUGAACGUAGAUCCAUGUUCGGUAUGUGGAGGUACAGACUUAAAUCUCGUGGAUGGUUACUAUUAUUGCGUAGAAUGUGGUACUCAAGAUGUAAACGCAAGGGAGACGGUGGUGGAACACACGAUGCUGGCUGAUGGGACCUUCGCUCACUUCGCUACAAAAAAAAUUGUAACUGUUCUGAAGGAUGGAAUUGAAAUGAGUCCAGAGUGGUACAAAUGGCAUGCAUAUAACUUCAUCCUUCGUAGGCUGACUGAUGAGCUGCUGGCUCUUGGAGCAGCCCCUUCUGUCAAGCAGAAGGUGCUCUGGAUAUGGAUGCAGUACAUCAAAAUGUUUCAACAGAAAGAAGACUUAGGGAAAAGUCAGUUCCAAGAAGAUGAGGAAGAUCAAGAUGAAGAAAAUCAAAGUCUAGGUGUAGCUGGCAGUGGAGAUAACCAAAGUGUGGCUGGCAGUAUAAAAAACCAUAGUGUAUCUGGUAGUGCGACAAGUUCCAGGUCAAAGAUAAUAUUUGAAGAAGAUUUGGAAGAAAACAACAGUGUUCUUGAUGAUACUCUUCGCCAAACAAUGGAGAAAGGUGUUGACGAUUAUGACUCAGAUAUUGAAGACAUCAGACCCAAAAAGAAACAGAAAAUAGAAAAAUUCAAGCAUGACAUCAAUGUUGUCACAAAAGGUGUCUUACUUGCUAUACUUUAUGUAGCACUCAAUUUAGAUCAGAGUGAAAUCCAACUGUCUCAUCUUUGUAGGUUCAUCAGAGAGGGACGACUAAGCAUCAUGGAUUGUAAGAAAUUUGUGCCAAAAGAAAUUAAUAUAAGCUCUACAACACAUUGGAAAAGUUUUAUCAAAUGCACUAAAGAAUAUACGCCAAAUUUAAUAAGAGCAACUGCUAUGACACUCUUCAAAAGGCUUGACUUAGGAAAACCUUUGGUUCCUGAUAUAAGAAAAAUUGUGCAUAACUUUAUUAAGGAGUUGUGUUUGCCAAAUGACUUUGAAGGUUUGGUUUUCUCAUUAAUAGAAGGCAUUCCAUGCAAUUUCGCAGAAAUCAAAAUGAAAGGAAAGAAAGCUACUUUAGAAACAGUAAGAAUACCAGAUUAUGAAACUGUGAUCAUGUCUUAUAUAGUUGUUGCAUUGAAAAUGUGCUUUGGUCUGGAUGAUUUGUAUGAAAUAGAAUUGUCUGAAGCUAUAGAUAAGGUCAAUCAAGAAAAAGAUUAUCAGAAAUCACAUAAAUUAGGUAGAUAUUCAAAUGAAACAGAUAGGCUGUUCUCAUUUAGAGAAUGGUGCAAUUUCUUGCAGUUUAGAAAAAGUAUGUUGUGCAAAUUUUACUUGCCAAUGGCUCAACAGCAUAACUUGGAAGUUGAUGAUCAUAUUUUCAUGGAACAUUUACCUGAAAGACCAAAACGGAAAGUGGAUCUUUCUGAUGAAAUCACUUUAGACAUUUUAAACAAGAUACCUUUAGAAGACAGUGGUAGUGUGAUCCCAUUUUCUGAAUUUCCACCAACAUUAACACCACUCUCAAGCUAUAUAGAAAUUAUUUUAGAUUAUUAUCAAGACCCAGAACUUAAAUUGUUAUUAAGUGAAGACUUCACUCAGUACUCUCUAAAAUAUACUUGCCUAGAACUGAAACUGCCUUAUGAAAAGAAAAUGUUAAAAGGAGUUAAAGAUGACAAUAAGCAAGUGAUUGUUGAAGUAAAGAGUGAAUUGGUUAGCAGACAAGCUGAUACCACAAUGGUGUACGUGAGAAACUGCGAAAAUAAGAACUGGUUGAAGACAAAACCACCCACAAUUGAUCAUGUGACAAAAGUGAGAGCAGACGAGGAUGAUGACAAAAAUAGUGAUCAUGGUUAUGAUUCAAAUACAGAAAAUGUUGAUGGUAGUGAAAAGAGCGAUGAAACUGAACGUGAAAGAAUAUUGGAAUAUGUCAAAGAAGAAGACCUGGAAAUAAAUAUAUUUGAUGAUCAAUUCGACGAUAUGGAAACUAAAGUGUUCAAUGAGUUAGAUGCCGAGUCUAGGCUGUAUGAAGAAUCACAUAGAGAAUUUCAAAACAGUACAAUAAAUAUACCAGAUCUUCAAAACGACAAAAACACAAUUCAUGAUAGUAAAAGUGAUAUCCACGAUAAUGUGAGUGAAGUAGGAACUUUUACGAGUUAUGAAUUUGAUCCAGCAACUUUCGAUAAAGACAAGACUAUAGAAGAAUUAAUUCUGUCAGCUUGUAAAAAAUAUAAAAUUCCAGUACCACCAGAAUACAGCAAUAAAAAACCUAGAAAAAGGAAAACACCUUUGAUAAACACAGAAACAGGAUGCUCGGAAUCUAAAAAACGAAAAACUGAGGGAGCAAAGCGUGGUGAAACUAGGAAAGAGAUUGAAAGAAUAUUGACUGCAUAUUACUCGAAUAUGGAGAGAAAUGUUUUGGGCGAACUAGCAGAACAUGUUAAAAUUGUUAUAAAGGACUUGGAUACACAAGAGUUUGAUGAACCGGCUGUGAAUGAUGAUGACCGCGACACAUUAGUUCUAAGAGAUUUAAGCUCAGAACAAAAUUUAAAUGAUGACUCUUUGAGAAAGGAAGUUGAUUCACAAAGUGAGGCAGCAACGAAUAAAGACAAUACAAACGACCCAUCGGAAAACAGCGUUCUAGAAACAAAUAUUGAAAAUACAUUAACUUCGGAGGAUAUGCCACCUAAAAGCGAUCCAAAAUUCGACGAAAAAACUCACGACAUCAAGCAACUUUACAUUAAAUUUACAGAAGAAUUUGAUUUUGAUGAUUAUUUAGAUGAUGGAGAUCCAGAAAUAACCGAAAUUAUUACAAAGACUAUCGAAAAUUAUGCUAGUACUCGCUGUAAAGAAACAUCCCUUUCAGAUGAGGACGACAUUAAAGAAACGGCAGAUUGUUUAAAGGAAAACAAGACGAAAAAAAGAAAGAAAGAAACAGAAAGAAAGAGAUGGGAAACAUUUGUAAAGUAUCCGCAUAAAAUCAAAGAGUUUUAUUACUGGCGAAGGAACUGCGAGUGGAUGAAGCGAACUUUGAAUAUACAACAGAAAUUCGACUUAGAAGUUAAGGAAAGUCUGCCAAAAAGUUUCAGUUUUGUGAUCCAGGAAUGUGCCUCUAUUGCAAACUGUUCAGUGUAUAUGCUUUAUAAAUGUAUGCAAACUUUAGAGUCUCUGCUUUAAUUUGAUUCUCAUAUGAAGUAAGGCUAU